AUGCGGCCUCCGGCUCCUUCUCUCGAUGUCAUAGCAGCUCGUAAUUCUGCUGCUGCCGCCGCCGCUGCGAAUGCCACUGCAGUCGCCGCUCCAGCCGCCAGCGCUCCUUCGGGCUCCAAUAUGAACUCGAACACGACGAACCAGGCGGAUGAUUCUAGGGACUCGAGAUCGUCGUCGUCGACAAACUCUCCAGUUCCUGCGGACAAUGAAGAGUCUGAUUUCUUCCACGUAGCAAAUGAUUCGCAAUCUUCUUUAGGAGUGGUACCCAACUUGCAAGAUAUGCAAGUCACCGACCAAGAAUGUCUCCCGACCGUUGCUGCACUUCCCAGCGAGAUCCUUAUUAGUAUAUUCUCCCGAAUCAACAGCCCCGGCGAGCUUCUGAAUUGCAUGUUGACUUGCAAGCGAUGGGCCCGCAACGUCGUCGAGAUCCUUUGGCACCGCCCGACCUGCACCUCAUGGCAGAAGCAUAAAGCUAUCUGCGCUACCUUGGGAUUAGAGCGACCAUACUUUACGUACACCGACUUUGUUAAACGCCUUAACUUGGCCGCCCUAGCUGACAAGGUCAACGAUGGCAGUGUCAUGCCGCUUGCCGUCUGCACCCGAGUCGAGCGUCUUACAUUGACCAAUUGUCAUGGCUUGACCGAUUUGGGGUUGAUACCCCUUGUCACGAGCAACCAACACCUGCUGGCGCUUGACAUUUCUGGCGACGUCAACGUUACCGAGAAGUCCAUCAUCGCCAUUGCCGAGAAUUGUCGCAGACUCCAGGGUCUGAACGUGUCGAAUUGUAAACAGAUCUCUAAUGAGAGUAUGAUUCAGCUUGCCGAGAAUUGUAGAUACAUCAAGCGACUUAAGUUGAACGAUUGCGAUCAGCUGAACGAUGCUGCCGUCAUCGCCUUCGCUAAUAACUGCCCGAACAUUCUUGAGAUCGACCUUCACCAAUGUGUGAAUAUCGGCAACGAACCCGUUACCGCCCUCCUGUCCAAAGGCCAGUCUCUCCGAGAAUUUCGACUGGUCAACUGCGACCUCAUCGACGACGGCGCAUUCCUAUCACUGCCCUCUAAUAGAAUCUACGAACACCUCCGUAUCCUUGAUCUUACUUCUUGUACCCGACUUACGGAUCGCGCUGUCGAGCGCAUUAUCGAUGUGGCCCCGCGAUUACGAAACUUGAUCCUGGCCAAGUGCCACAACAUCACUGAUGCCGCUGUAUAUGCCAUAUCUCGCCUGGGCAAGAACCUACAUUUUAUCCACCUCGGCCACUGCAGACACAUCACAGACGACGCAGUCAAGCGCUUAGUGCAGUGCUGUAAUCGUAUUCGCUACGUCGACCUUGGCUGUUGCACCCAUCUUACGGACGAGUCCGUUAUACAAUUAGCAAGGCUUCCGAAGCUAAAGAGGAUUGGGUUGGUGAAGUGUAGUAGUAUCACGGACGAAAGCAUGUAUGCGCUAGCUGGGGCAAACCGCCAUGCUCAAUCCAGGCGUAACACGACUGGUAACACGGCUAGAAGACAUGAGUACCACACGGGUAGCUUGGAACGAGUUCAUCUUAGCUACUGUACCAACUUGACUCUCCCGAGUAUCAUCAAAUUGCUCAACUGCUGCCCGAAGCUCACACACCUGAGUUUGACCGGCGUACCUGCUUUUCUCCGCGAUGACUUGGAGAACUUCUGUCGUGAAGCCCCUCCAGAUUUCACGGACCAUCAGCGUGCCGUAUUCUGUGUUUUCUCUGGCCAAGGUGUCACUGGUCUUCGGAACUAUCUCAACACCCACCCUGAUUUUGCCGACUACCAUCUGCCACAGACGAAUCUCUUUUCGCCGCGAAGAUCUGUCCAGAUUAACCAAGAUAUAGGCCAGGUCCAAGGACAGGGUGCUGCUACUGCACCAGCACCCGACAUGGACGGUUUUGACGAUGCUGAUGGAGUCGAGGAUGACGACAUGGGUGACGGAAGCGAGAUUGCUCUCGAGACCGAAAACCCUACGAACGGAACCAACGCUGCAAUCCCUCCUCCGCCUCCACCUCCGCCGCAUCAUCCUGGCCCCUCCUUUCCACUUGGACAUUCCAUACGUCCCCUUAACCUUCCACAACAAGCGCCGCAUUUAGACGCUUCAGCUAGGACGGUUUUUGGCUCGAGCGCGGUUCGAAAUCAGCACAGUGCUAGUGCUCCUAUGGAUAGCACAGCGGGCCCCAGCACUGCCGGUUCAACCCUUUUUACGAACCAGGGCAAUUCCGGUCCCAGCACAGCUUCUAUGCAAGGGAAUGCUGAGGAAGACGACGAGGAGACGCAAUCAUAG